ACCGAUAGCCGAGCCGGGCUAGCCAUGGUGACCCUGGGCCUGUCCCGAGUGAACGACACCGUGGCCGCCAAGCACCCAGGACUCCGGGAAUAUGCCACGUGCCAGUCGAACGCCUUCAUGAAGGGCAUUUUCACCUUAGUCACAGGCAGCUGCGUGACCUUUGGCCUGCAGAUGUUCAUUCAGCGGAAGUUUCCAUACCCUUUUCAGUGGAGCUUACUGGUAGCCGUGGUCACAGGCUCCAUGGCCAGCUAUGGAGUGACAAGAAUGGAGUCACAGAAAUGCAGCAACCUCUGGCUCUUCCUGGAGACGGGGAAGCUCCCCAAAGACAUAGGCACAGAUCCACGCAGCUAGGAGAGCUCCAACUGCGCACAGGGGAUUUGGGCCAGGGAUCAUCCUGGAACACAGCCCUCAGUGCCUCCCAACCCUAGGCUGGCCCUCCCCACCUUACAUAGGUCCUCUCCAUACCCUGUGGUACCCCAGCUGUAUUCUCUGCACAUGUGCAUGGCCAGGCUCCACAAACCUGUGUAAACCUGCUACUGCCCCAGACUGGGACCUGCCCCGGAGGGAGACCAGAAGAACCCUCCCUGGGGUGGUGGUUGGUCCAGGGCAGCAAGAAAGGGGAUUGCAUGCGCAUCUAGGCAGCAGGACUUAAACACACUCAGCUGCUCUCAGCUGCGCUGGCUGCAUCCUGCCCUGCAUCCUCACAAGUCAGAUGACAGCUGGUGCUGGGGCAGGGGGCAAAUAAACAAUGUGUCCCUUCUCCCACCUGAGUUAUAAAGCA